UUUUCGCCUUCCGGUCUGAGAACGCACUCGGUAGUUUGGUCUGGAACAUCUUUUCGGGGACGUCGACACGGCCUAGUUUGAGGCGCGGGCUUCCCGGCAGCGCCGUGACAGCUUCCGGCGCUGCCUGACUGUGGACAUUGUGUGUCUGGCGCCGUGUCGCCCUCGACGGCACCGAGCUUUAGAGACACUCAGAGGAAUCCCACGGUAACCUCCCACAGCUCGCCAAGAUGGCGAUGCAAGCGGCCAAGAGGGCGAAUAUUCGCCUCCCACCUGAAGUAAAUCGAAUUUUAUAUAUAAGGAAUUUGCCAUAUAAAAUCACAGCGGAAGAAAUGUAUGAUAUAUUUGGGAAAUAUGGACCUAUUCGUCAAAUCAGAGUAGGAAAUACACCUGAGACCAGAGGAACAGCGUAUGUGGUCUAUGAAGAUAUCUUUGAUGCUAAGAAUGCAUGUGACCAUCUAUCGGGAUUCAAUGUGUGUAACAGAUACCUCGUGGUUUUGUACUACAAUGCUAACCGGGCAUUCCAGAAGAUGGACACCAAGAAGAAGGAAGAGCAGCUGAAGCUUCUCAAGGAAAAGUAUGGCAUCAACACAGAUCCCCCAAAAUGAACUUGGGGAUUUCACUCUGAAUAUGCCCAUGUGUGGCCCCCAGUUACCUUUUUUUCUCUUUAGUGCAUACUGAAUAUUGUAAUAUUUUGUUUGAGACCUAGAAUCCGAAAAUGACUUGUUUGAAACUUAUCUAAGCAUUAGAAUAUAUUAUUUUAAUAAACUAAUAGCUUUU